AUGGGUCUGCGACGCAGCUGUGUCUUCUGUCGUACUCGUAAGAUUCGAUGUUCCGGUGAAUCUAUAUGCAGUGCCUGUCGGAAGCGCAACCUUAGCUGCGAAUACAGUCUGGAAGCUCGAAAGGGACGGCCCGCGCAGAGAGGAACAACAACAUCACAGCCUCCGUUGACGUCGGAACUACAUACUAACAAUGGAAGCGAUAAUUCGUCGCCAUUGCAGUCGGGGGCAUCUGCAGAGAAUUCCUUGGCACCCGACUCGGCAGCCCAUGGCCACGAGGAUUCUGCAACCAGCUCCGACCUGAAUAUUCAUGUUGGCGAUGAGCUGGACCGGAGAUUCGAUGCCUACUUUAUCACGAAAACUGACUCGGGCUCUAAUCUCUUUCAAACUGCAAUUGCCACCUAUCAGCGGGAAUUGGACAAGUCGCCUCGGAAACCCCCAUUUCGUCCAAUACAGCUUCCUUUGCCCUAUGAUGGGCUGCUGUCCUUUAUGGCGUCGGAGAUGGUGGGCAUCCUGCCGCUCCGUUUUAGUUUCCUUGGAGUUCCGCAAUUGGAGGCUCCGAAUCAGAAUUUUUAUGUGUCAACCUUGGCAGCGGACACCACGCGUACAAUGUUCGACAGUCUCGAGUUUGAUGUCGAUCCUUUGAUGGCGCUGGGAAAGCACCUGAUCAUUCAGCUGGUUGAUGUGUGGUUUUCGGCCCAUCCAUUGUCACCUCUGGUCUCUAAAACGCUGCUAAUCACGGCAAUCCAGGAUGAUACAGUGGAUAAGGCCCUUCUAGCAGUCAUAUUGGCUGAUGCAUGUGAUAUACAGCCUAUCGUGAGCAAGCUGCAUGAAGAUAUUCCAAAUGAUCCUCAGACACUACACAACUUUGCUAUCUUGCAGCUGAAGCAGCGCACAGUGGUGCUUGGACACUCCUCGGUUCUUUCUACAGCUCAGGCACUGUUUCUGGUAGGAUGGAGGGAGUUGUGCCUCGGCCAUGCCCGACGCGCUACCUGCUUCACAGGCUAUGCCUGCCGUACAAUUGCCACUUUGUACACCUUUUGGCAGGCUGAUGAUUGCAGGAAGUGUGGCAGAAAGCUUAAUGGCGUGGAUAUAGGUAUCGUCGAACAAGAAUUGGCACAGAACAUUUACUGGCUCUGCUUGGCCACCACAACAUGGGUGUUCAUGCAAAGCAAUCAGCCAUUCUCGUUGCUCACUCCGGAAACGACGCCCGACUUCCCGUGCCUGGAUGAGGCAGCUUCAGCCAUUCUCCGCUUAGACCGCGAAUCGGGAAACAUCUCCACGCUACAGGCCCAAUUCCAGGCUACUCGGUGUCUGUGGCCACUCAGUCACAUCACCAGUACAGUGGCCCAUAUCUACACGCUGUAUCUCAAUGCGCCUACAGAGAAUAAAGAAGAGCAAGCUGUGCCAUGGCAAAAACAGCAUCUUCACGAGUUACAUCGGCUUUUUCAGCCUUGCUAUGAUCGAUCUGUUUUGGCGUCGAGGAUGCAUAGGAUCCUCCUCCAUGCCAUCGAACUCGUGGAGAGCCAGGUCACCAUAGUAUCUUCACGGUCUUUGCUAUUGAAUGCGUACCAUAGUAUUGCUAUUCACAUGCUUUUUUCUGGAGACAAAAGUGGUCAAGAACGGCCGAUGAUCUCGCAAUCAGUCAUGGAUUCAUUUUGUCUGUCGGCUUCCGCGCUUCUUGCUAUUACUCCACAAAGCCAUUUCCAAGUGACUAGUCUGAUGCCUACGCAAGAGCUUCGAGGCGUCAAUGGAUCCAAUAUAAUGCUAUAUGCUCUAGACACUUGCAGCAGGGGAUUUUCGUACAUAUAUGCGAAAUACGAGCGUGGAUCGAUUGAGGAGCGCAAUAUGAUCAGCUUAAGACAAAGCCAGCUAGUCCACCUUGCCGACCAGCUGCAUCAAGCCUGUAAAGGCGAUGUAGUGUCUCGGCUUGGAGCAGCGUUACUGCCGGUGAAGAAGAGACUGAAGCGUGCGAAACAGGCCUUUCAAUAUCUUGGAUCAACCUCCGUUCCCCAAUCAGCACUGCUUUCUGGUCAGAACGAGCAGACCCCAUUGAGUAACUCGUCUCCUGCAGAUGAUCUUCUAAUGGACUUGGGCUUCAGCAUGAACCAGAUGGCAGACCCGUCUCUUGCUCCUGAUUACUCCGGGUCUUCGCCACUCAUGGCAAUCAAUCAAACCUGGCCGCUGUCUGGGAACAUUUGUGAGAUAUACGAUCCAGGCUUCUUCCUAGACGGACCGAUCACAGGGUCACUUCUGGGGUUUCCCGGCCUUGCCAAAAUGAACAUGCAACUUCAGGAUUACGUAUCUCUAGACGAAAGCGACCCGAACCAGGACGCGCUUGCUCUUUCAAGUCAAGGCACGAGUGGCAUUUCCAGCUCAUGCCUCGUCCCAUUAACUUCCAAUUCAACCGGCGGUCGCUGUGUCUUUACAAAGGCCUCAGAGUACCCUUGCUCCAUUGCCAUGUUGCCACCACCACUGGGCCUCUGCAUCCGUUUCCUUUCCCUCCUCUCCCAAACCGCCCACACAAGUGAAGCACCUGCAAUAACGCCCAGAGGAACCCCAACCCCAACACCGAUGGCUGUAUCCCGCGAAGAAGAAGGGGAUGAGGAGGAGGAAGAAGAAGACGAGGAGGCAGAUGGAGAUGCCACCACGGACGACGAAUUGGAAGAGGCGCACGUAUUAUUUCCCGACGACGCAUCCGCUGUAGAGUUCGCAAGCGCAGCAUACCCAAACAGCAUCUUCCCCGUAGCGACCUCAAACGAGUUCCCAUACGGGCAAAUAACCUCACUACCAUUGCUUAUCGGAGUACCGCAGCAAUACGUCGAGACGCCAUUUUUAUAGAGGAGAUUGAUAAUAGAGCAGCCGCCAUCUUUGUUGAUGUCUUCUAUACAUUAUAGAACACAUCCAGAUUAGCGAUGAUCAAUUCCCCCACACAUAUUCAUCCAUCAACUCAAAAAGCUCUACGAAUCAAGUACGUACGACAAACAGACGGACAAUUGUCCGACUCCCAAUUUGGAUCCGUGCACGCCCCCCGGGAGAGAACAUAUGGCUGUUCCCCCGUAUCCAUGCAGAGGUUAUUCGAUAAACAGACGUCAGAUUUGCCGCAGCAUGCGGAAUACGUGUCCGAUGAGCAGGGGACGUUGUUGCUGGCGAUAGACCCGUCGGGGAAGUAGCAUGUAGCUGUUGCGCUGCUUGUCGAUAUGCAUGUCGCGAGGAGGAGCGCUGUCGCGCGGAUUCCUUUAACAAUCAUAGUGAAAGGAGAAAGGGAGAAAGAUAUAGGGC